CCUCAACUCCCUAGCACGGUCUAAUUCUCCUCGCUUUUGUGUACAUAUUCAUUCGACCUAUAAUGGACGGAUCCUUGGACAACUACGACCCCCAGAACCUAUCGCCAGAAGGUCUAGAACAGGCGCUGACCUCACUAAAGCAGCACUUGUUAAAGACCGAGGCAGCCAAGGUACUGCUGCCGGCGAAGGAUUCGCCAUUCAAUCGUGCUGCGCUAGGGCGCCUACCUAGCUUUCUCAACCUCGUGUUCACCCCCGAGAGGCAGCAAGAUCGAAAAAUACAAGCCCUCCAAGCGUUAGACCUAACAUCCUUAAUCACCUGCGGAUUAUGUCUCACUCAGAAAAGCCUGGAUACUAUGAGAAAGGAGCUCUUUGACGUGUUCCUCGAGCAAGCCAAGAUUACCUCGCGACGGAGCGUCGACGCCAUCCUGAAAAGCGACGACGUUUAUAAGGCCGUAGUAAAGGUGCGAAACGCAGAGUUCAUUGUAGUACCUCAACCUACGAAGAAUAUUAAGUACCUCUAUGCCGCCUACUCUUCAGUAUUUUUUGGAUGGAAACUCUUCCUGGUGCUAUUCUGGAGUCCCCCAGGCAGGACAGACCAUGUUCCCUCGUUUAUUGAUGAGGGCCAUCCCGGCCUGGUCACUACAUUCCUACCUUCGGUAGGAUUUAUGGACGGCCUGAUUAGGGUAGUGGUUAGGUUUGACUAGUCCCUUCUUCAAACGUUAUUUGGAUGGGCAGGUCACGAGAUCAUUGGCACAGAUCCAUUUUCACUAGGUUGUGCUGUGAAGAAUUAGGUUGCCUUAGCGUUUAGUAACGACGUUUUGCAAGCCCUCACUACGAGUCACAUGUGGAGCCAGGA